UGUUUGGAUGUGGAAAGCGGGACUUGAGACCCCAGUUGAGCGCCAAGGAGAUGGAUCGGUACCUGCUCCUCGUGAUCUGGGGAGAAGGAAAAGUCCCGUCCGCGGCGGGCGGGGAGGCGGAGUCGUCCGCCGAGGGUAUCGAGAAGCUGCCCGACCUGACAGCAGCAAAUGUUUAUCAUGUUCUGAAAAGGAGCAUUAGUGCUUCAAUGAAUCCAGAAGAUAGUACUUUUCCAGCAUGUUCGGUAGGCGGUAUACCUGGUUCCAAGAAGUGGUUCUUUGCAGUACAGGCAAUAUAUGGAUUUUAUCAGUUUUGCAGUUCUGACUGGGAAGAGAUAUAUUUUGGUACAGAAAAAGAUGAAAUUGAAGAUGUUCUUCAAACAAAUAUUGAAGAAUGUUUGAAUACUGAGUGUUUUGAGGAAGAAGAUAGUAAUAGCAGAGAAUCAAUAUCUUUGGCUGAGCUAUAUGAAGAAUCUGCAGAAAAUUUGCAUCAGUUGUCAGAUAAACUUCCGGCUCCUGGUAGAGCAAUGAUAGAUAUAAUACUGUUGCCUUCUGACAAAGAUCCUCCUAAGUUGAAAGACUGUUUACCUACUAUAGGAGCAUUAAAACAUUUGAAGGAAUGGUAUUCAGCAAAAAUUACUAUAGCAGGAAAUCAUUGUGAAAUAAAUUGUCAGAAAAUUGCAGAAUACCUCUCCGCUAAUGUUGUAUCUUUAGAAGAUCUCAAAAAUGCUAUUGACUCAAAAGAAUUAUGGAGGGGAAAAAUUCAGAUAUGGGAAAGAAAGUUUGGAGUUGAAAUUAGUUUUCCUGAAUUUUGUUUAAAGGGAGUUACACCUAAGAAUUUUAGUACAUCUAAUUUAAAUCCUUGCAUUCUAACCAACAAGGUAAUACCAUCAAAGGAUAAGAAUAUUUUGCCAAAGGUUUACCAUUAUUAUGGUCCUGCUUUAGAAUUUGUGCAGAUGAUAAAAUUAUCAGAUCUACCCUCCUGCUAUAUGUCGGACUUCGAAUUUGAGUUAGGGCUGACAAAAAACAAUACCAAACAGAAUUCCGUGUUGUUGUUGGAGCAGAUUUCCUCUCUGCGUGGCAAGGUUGGUGCACUUUUUGUAUUGCCGUGUACUAUUAGUAACAUAAUUAUUCCACCUCCCAGCCAACUCAGCUCAAGAAAAUGGAGAGAAUACAUAGCUAAAAAGCCUAAGACAAUCAGUGUUCCAGAUGUUGAAGUGAAAGGAGAGUGUUCUAGCUAUUAUCUCCUCUUACAAGGUAAUGGUGACAGAAAAUGUAAAGCCACAUUGAUUCAUUCAGCCAACCAGAUCAAUGGCUCAUUUGCACUCACUUUAAUUCAUGGAAAGAUGAAAGCAAGGACAGAAGAAGCCAAACUGAACUUUCCUUUUGACUUCUUGUCACUUCCACAUUUUUCGGGUGAGCAGCUUAUACAGAGAGAGAAACAGUUAGCUAAUGUUCAAGCUUUGGCUUUGAAAGAAUGUCUGAAAAGGAGAAAGUUGGCAAAGCAGCCUGAAGCAGUUUCUGUUGAUGAAUUCAAAAGUCUAUUGAUACUCACAAGGGAAUCCUUUUUAGAGCAUUUUGAUGCUGUUAUUCCUAAAACAAUUCCAAUAAAGACAGACAAAAUUAAAACCUCCAAUAUGUUAAAUGAUGCCAGUUCAGUGGAAUCUACUUCUUCAAAUCUAAUGGAAACCGAUGCUCUGGAAUGGCCAGAAAGGCAUGUUCUUCAAAAUUUGGAAAGUUUUGAAAAAGCUAAGCAAAAAAUGAGAACUGGUUCAUUACCUCGUUCAUCUGAGCAGUUGCUGGGCCACAAAGAAGGGCCACGGGACUCGAUCACAUUAUUGGAUGCUAAAGAAUUAUUGAAAUUCUUUACUUCAGAUGGAUUACCAAUUGGAGAUCUUCAGCCUUUACAGAUACAAAAGGGGGAAAAGACUUUUGUUCUGACACCGGAACUUAGUCCUCGGAAACUUCAGGGUUUACCUUUUGAAAAAGCCUCAGUGUGUCAUUAUCAUGGGAUUGAAUACUGUUUGGAUGACCGAAAAGCAUUAGAAAGAGAUGGGGGAUUCUCUGAACUUCAGUCUCGUCUCAUCCGUUAUGAAACCCAAACCACCUGCACUAGAGAAAGUUUUCCGGUACCCACUGUGUUGAGCCCUCUUCCAUCACCUGCCGUCUUGUCAGAGCCUGGCAGUGUCCCUGAUGGAGAAGCUUUACAAAGCGAGCUCCGCACUGAAGUAUCUCGAUUGAAAAGGGGAUCAAAAGAUGUGAAUUGCCUUUAUCCCCAAAAAAGACUUGUGAAGUCUGAAAGUUCGGAUUCUCUUCUUUCUCAAACAAGUGGCAAUGCUAAUCGUCGUCAUCAUGCAGUGACAUCCAGAAAACCCCGAGCAGAGCGAUCAUUAUCUGUCACUUGUCCAUCAGUUCCAGUUCUUAGCUGUGAAACUUCAAAAGUCACUACAAAGGCCAGUUCAGGUCAAAAAAGUGUUCAUGGAUCAAAAACAUCAAGGCAAAUUAAGGAAUCAAGAUCACAGAAACACACACGGAUACUGAAAGAAGUAGUUACAGAAACACUGAAGAAACACAGCAUUACUGAGACUCAUGGAUGUUUCACUGCCUGCAGCCAACGUCUCUUUGAGAUCUCCAAGUUCUAUCUGAAGGAUCUUAAAACAUCAAGGGGUCUAUUCGAAGAAAUGAAGAAAGCAGCAAACAACAAUGCUGUACAGGUAAAUAACUUAUUCCCAAGAAACUACAUUGAAUUAAAGUGCUAUUUUAUUUUAGGGUAGCUGUGAUGCCAUUAUGUAUGCUGUGUAAGAACUCUCUAUAAAAUAAUAAUAGACUAAUGCAAACAGAGCGUUUAGGAGUACAUAAUAGGCUGCUCUGUUAACAAAAGAGUUUCUAAAGAUUAUGUUAAGAAAGAAAAAACUUUUUUAAUAAACCAAUGACCUGGAAAAAUUAAUCCAUUUUGAUUAGUUGUUCUCAAAGUUUGGUUUAAUUUCUUUCUAGUGACCCUUUGAAAACAAUUGCAAAAAAAGGUGAGACAACAUGGGGCACCUGGGUGGCUCAGAAGGUUAAGCAGCUGCCUGUGGCUCAGGUCAUGAUCUCAGGGUCCUGGCAUCUAGCCCCACAUCAGGCUCCCAGCUCAAGGGGGAGUCUGCCUCUCCCCCUGCCUAUGCUCUGUAUGUCUCUGUCUCUCUCUCUCUCUCUCUCUCUCAAAGGAAUAAAUUUAAAAAUCUUUAAAAGAAACUAAGGUGAGAAAACAGCAGAAUCUUUAUUGUAUCCAGUGAGGACAGUUGUUGUACUCUGCAGCAGAAGUCUAGCUUCAGUUUUAUUUUCUUCAGUUAGAAAAUAAAAUGUGUUUUUAAGAUAAAAUGUGAUUUAAGAUUUUGACUUGUUACUUCAUAUUUUAAGUUUUCUACCAUGCUCUUUAAAGUUUUAACUGUAUCUUUUUCUCUCCCUUCUGUUUUCAAUAGAAAUAAACCAUUACCGUAUUUUUUUUUUCCUUCUAGGUGAUUGAAUGGGUAUUAGAAAAGACAAGCAAGAAAUAACACAGAAUCUUUCUCUUUGGACAGUUAUAAAUUGGCCAGAGCUAUCAUUUGCUACCUCCUUCCUUGGUUGACAAUUAUAAGCAAAUUUCAAACUUUAUUCAAAGAAUAGAUAUUUCUAAAGAAUUUCAUAAAUAUCCAAUAUUUAUAUAGUUUUGAGGGUGUUCAGUUAAUGUGUUUUUUAAUUGUAUACUUAUUUUAUAAUUUCACUAUAUUUUCAUUUUUAAGGUUAAUAUUUUUAUAUAUGUUUUUAAAUUUUGACUCUUGGUUAUUUAAAAAUUUCCA